GGCUGGCGGGCGGGGGUCGGCGGGGCCGCGCGCGCGCGUGCCCGGUGUUGCCUGUGACUGUGCGGCUGGUCCUGCCUGUGCAGGCGGCGGAGGCGGCCGUUUCUCCAGACACCCGGUCUGCCGGCGCGGAGAUGUGGCCCCUGGUGGCGACGCUGCUGCUGGGCUCCUGGUGCUUUGGUUCAGCUCAACUCCUGUUAAAUAAGACCAAAUUUGUAGAAUACACCAUUUGUAAUACAACUGUUGUCAUCCCGUGCUUUGUUAUUAAUGUUGGGGCACAAAGCACAAAAGAAAUGUAUGUAAAGUGGAAGUUUAAUGGAACAUAUAUUUUUAACUAUGAUGGAAAUCAAAAUAAUUCUACUGCAAACCAGAACUUUUCGAGCGCAAAAAUUGCAGUCUCUAAAUUACUAAAAGGUGACGCCUCUUUGAAGAUGAGUAAGGAUGACGUUAAAGUAGGAAACUACACGUGCGAGGUGACAGAACUGAGCAGAGAAGGAGAGACGGUUGUGGAAGUGAAGUACCGUGUGGUUUCAUGGUUUUCUCCAAAUGAAAAUAUUCUCAUUGUUAUUUUCCCAAUUUUGGCUAUACUUCUGUUCUGGGGACAAUUUGGUAUUUUAACACUUAAAUAUAAAUCCAAUUGUACAAGUAUGAAAAUCAUUCUUCUACUUAUUGCUGGACUGCUGCUCACUAUAAUUGUCAUCGUUGGAGCCAUUCUUUUCAUUCCAGGAGAAUAUUCCAUAAAGAAUUCUUUUGGACUUGGUUUCAUUGUAAUUUCUACAGGAAUAUUAAUAUUACUUCAGUACAAUGUCUUUAUGACAGCUUUCGGGAUGACCUCAUUCACGAUUGCCAUACUGAUCACGCAGGUGCUGGGCUAUGUCCUCGCCGUGGUUGGACUUUGUCUCUGUGUCACAGCAUGCGUACCAGGGCAUGGUCCUCUUCUGAUUUCAGGUUUGGGUAUCAUAGCUCUAGCAGAAUUACUUGGACUAGUUUAUAUGAAAUUUGUGGCUUCCAAUCAGCGGACUAUACAACCUCCUAGGAAAGCUGUAGAGGAACCCCUUAAUGCAUUUAAAGAAUCAAAAGGAAUGAUGAAUGAGGAAUAAUUGAAGCAAAAUGAUGAACUCUGAUUUGGAGAGUCAUAAGACGUGAAGGAAUACACUUGUGUUUAAGCACCAUGGCCUUUGAUGAAUCACUGGUGGGAAGAAGAAGAAAAAAAGUAACUGGUUUUCAUCUGUGGGAGAGAAGUCAUUGACCCAUAAAUGAUUAUUCCAGUUUUUAUUCAAAGCAGCUGUAAUUUAGUUAAUAAAAGCAGUAUGACCUGU